AUGAUGAUGGAAGAGACGGACGAGGGCUCUACGGGUGGCGACAGUAGUGAAGCUCCCAGUUUUGCCAUGCCACCGGGAGGGAUGAAUGACGAUGCCAGCAGUGCUUUGAGUGCCGAUAACUCGACGCAGACUCCGGCUCCUGCCGAUCCUUUUGACCUACUCUCCAUGACGGGAGCAGCUCCUCCUGUUCCUGCCAACAAUAACAGCAACACUGCACCUGUCUUGGAUGUCUUUGGGUCCGCACCGGCGGCUCCUGCUUCCGAUUUCUGGGGAGGAACAACAACCCCGGCCAUUGAUGUUUCUGCCCAAAACAGCAUGAUCAUACCAGGACAACCACAACAAAAACCUCAGCUGACGACGGCCGAGUCGGGAGACUUGCUGGGCUUGGAUGGAAGCAGUACGAAAGUACCGCCAACAUCGCACAGUCCGCCUCCUCGGGAUUUAAUGGAUUCGUCCUUUCAGCAGCUCCCCGUGGAACCGCCCAUCACGGAAACCGCGGACCCGUUUGGUGGCGCUACAGAUGUGUUUGUCCAACAACCACCAGCAGCAGCAGCCGAAACAAUAAUGAGCAGCCCACAACCGACGACCAAACAACAGAACAAUGGAAAUGACAAUUUUCCCAAUCCCUUGGCAACUCCUCAUCCUGUUGUAGUGGAAGCGCCAGGCAAAGCAUCGACAACAACAAACACCAAUUCAAUCAACUCGAACGAACAAGCACCACCUGAGACUGCGGGUGAACAAAAGUUGGAGUCUUCACAGCGAGGAGAGGAUGCCAAUAAUCCUUCCGAAAACGAGACGGACGACAGUGCCAAGAAAGAAACCAAAGCCCCACCCAAAGAAGAUACUUUAACAGCUGCUACUCCCGAAUCCGACUCUUUGGCAAAUAACGUGCCAGCGGCUAAACAAGAAGCAUCGAAACCACCAGAGACAUCAGAUGAUGAUGUGCAAUCCAAACCUGCCGAUGACCAGGCAGGAACACCCGAACCCCCUGCCCCGUCGACUCCAUCCAAAAAAGGGAAACCACCAUCUCCGCCCAAAAGCCCCGUGCCAUCCGGAGAUGAUAUCAUGGAUGAAUCCGUCAUGUUUGAAGAAGUGGAAUUGGCGUCCCCAGCGACAACACCAAAAGAGAAGGACAGCGCUACCAACGAAGCCGCAGUGGCAACAGAAUCGAUAAAGCCUCCUCCUUUUACUGUGGAUAAUAAUACAGAUGAUGCACCCGCACAGGACCUGCCAGACGUUCCACCGACGACAACAGCAACUGCUGGCAACGACGAGCAACAAGCCAAAAUUAAGGAAUUGGAAGAAAAACUCGCCAACAGCCAACGACAGGUGGCCAAAGUCAAGGCUCUGGAGGCAAAACUGGGAGUGCUCGCAGAACAGGCCGCCAAAAUUAAGGACCUGGAAUCGAAUCUCGCGCAAGCAGAAGCCAGGGCGGGAAGUCUCACGGCACAAAAAGAACACAGCGAGAAGCAACACAAGGACCGCCAGGAAAAGGCCGAUGUGGCCCUAAAGGAACUGCAAAACAAAUUGCAAAAAGAACAAACGCUACGAGCCGAAGCCGAACACAAAUCAAAAAAGGCGAGUGAGGAGAUUCAAACGCUACGCAAAUUGGCGACGGAAAAAGAAGAACAAUGGAAGCUCCAAGGUGAUGCAUGGAGAGAACAGUUGGGUGGCUUGGAAAAAGAAAAUGAAGCUCUGAUUGACAAAGCCAAACGAGAACUGGAAGAUCGAAAGGAGCAUGAACGAAGAGAACGCGUUUUGGCCAACAAGUUGAACAUGUUGAAAAAACAACAAGCAUCCACAACCGAUGUGGAGGAAGUGUAUGCCGAUGACCUUCGGUUGUUGAAGGACGACGUGGAUGCCAAGACAAAGCGCAUUGCGGAACUAGAAGUGUCCGAAACUUCUCUGAAGGAACAGUUGGAAAAGGAGAAGGCACUUGCGAAUACGAGGAUUGAUCAAUUGGAGAAGGCUGUGCGGGAAGAAAAGUAUUUGAAUGAGGAACGCAAGAAGAAAAUGAAAACGUUCAUCGAAGCCAAGACAGAGGAGUUGAAGGAGGCAAAGUCAGAGAGUGAAAGCUAUCAAGCGGAGCUGGAACGCAAUAAUCAGUCACAGGUUGACCUCAACAACCGAUGGAAAACUCUGCAUGCACAGUGGGUUCAGUCGCAGACACGGAAUCGCGAGCUACAACGUGAUUUGAACAAGGUUAAGAAAGAGUACGAGAAUAGGCACAAACUUGAAGACUCGCUGAAUGUCAAGCUCUCAAAAUCUGCCAAUGAAACGGAGCAGCACAAGAACAAACGGCUGGCUGCAAAGCAAGAAUUGAUGUCUGUCUUGGCGAAACUAGAAGCUGAACGUGAGAUCACCAACAAACUGCGAGACAGUGUCCGCUUUACCUUCACUGCCAAGGCACAGAGCCAGCACCAGCUGCUGCAGGAGGCUCUCACUGAAUUCAACAAACAAUUGGAGUCCUUGGCCCGACGCCUCGGCCGACCCAUACCCUUGACCAGCGAUGGAGGUCCUCAAUCCUUAUCUUCCCUUGUCAUGUCCGCAGUUGAUGAAUCAGAACGGAGCGAGGGCAGCCUUGACGGAAAGGCAGCUGCCAAUGGCACUAAUGGCGGCCAUGAUGGUGGUCCGUCCAAGGAGCAGAAGCGAAUUCUAGCAGAAACCACUCGGCUUCUGGCAAAACUGGAGAAUGAAACUCAAAGAAUCAGUCAAGGCAUCAUGGCUCUCACGAAUGGCAUUGAACAAAUGAACACCCUGAUUCUUGGUGGAGGUGAAAAGACUUGUUUCACAUCUAUUGGCGAUAUCUUCUUUGGUGGGGGGUUGGCGAAGGCUGCAGACCAGGGUCGCUCAGCGAGAACCCCAGUCCGCUAUGGCCAUUCCAGCCACUUGCCUACUGAGAGUGGUACCAUGACCUAG